UGUCAGUGUCACGUUACAUUUUAUGCCGCAAAACCACAAAUUGCAAGUGCAAAACCAUUUUACAUUAUUCCUUUUGCUUCCGAGUAGAAUCAUGUAUUCAAUGAAUUACUGACAGAAACUGUGCUCUUAAUGAAUGGACUGAUGAAUUAAAGUUUUGACGCGGUUUGCUAAUUACACGAAAAUAGGUUAUUUUAGUUUAUUGGUAAAAUGACCGCACCGGGCUUUAAUGAUUGUACAAAUUAUGGAUCGGUUCGGAAUCAUCCAGGCCACGAGUACACGGUGCGACAGGCUUAUGAAGACGGUGGUAUAAAAGCUGGUGCAGUUCGUGCAGCACGUUUAGCCUAUGGCAUACUAUCACGACGUAAAGCAGCAGAGGAGGGUGUAGCGAGGCUCGCUCGAGUUCUAUCAGCAUUAGACUUGACAGCCUUGGGAGUAGGAAGUACAUUGGGUGUAGGGGUGUAUGUGUUAGCUGGAGACGUGGCUAAGAAUUAUGCGGGUCCAGCUGUGAUACUGUCGUUUCUUUUGGCUGCGGUUGCUAGUGUGUUUGCUGGUCUUUGCUAUGCGGAGUUCGGUGCUCGCGUGCCUAAAGCCGGCUCUGCGUACGUCUACAGUUAUGUAUGCGUUGGAGAGUUCAUGGCUUUCAUCAUCGGAUGGAAUCUUAUACUGGAGUAUAUAAUAGGUGCAGCGUCUGUGGUGAAAGCUUUAAGUGAAUAUUUAGAUUCUCUUCUGAACAAAGCGAUGUCCACACAUCUGGAAGCGGUACUGCCACUGAAUACGCCACAUCUAGCUAGAUAUCCCGAUUUCUUUGCGUUUGCGGUCAUCAUGGCGUUUUCAGUUGCUCUAGCGUUUGGUGUAAAAGAGUCGACGAAGUUCAAUAACUUUUGUACGGGUGUCAAUCUGUGUGUUGUCCUGUUCGUCAUUAUAUCCGGAUCUUUCAAAGCGGACACAAAGAACUGGCGUAUUCCUUCCUCUGAAGUGCCAAAGACCGAGACCAAAGACUUCGGUAGCGGGGGCUUCGCCCCGUACGGUCUUGCUGGCAUUAUAAAGGGAGCUGCAGUCUGCUUCUAUGGAUUUAUUGGUUUCGAUUGUGUAGCGACAGCUGGAGAGGAAGCUCGUCGUCCUCAGAAGACCAUUCCCUUUGCUGUGGUCGCCUCUCUACUGAUCGUGUUCCUCGCAUACUGCGGCGUCUCCUCCGUGCUCACCCUCAUGAUGCCGUAUUACAUGCAGGAUGAAAAAGCCCCUUUCCCGUUCGUGUAUGACCAGCUGGGUUGGCCGUGGGCGAAGUAUGCAGUCAGCGUAGGCGCAAUUUGCGCUUUAUGUUCAAGUUUGCUAGGCGCGGUGUUCCCCCUGCCGCGUAUAAUCUACGCGAUGGCGUCAGACGGGCUGCUGUUCAAGUUCAUGGGGGCGGUCAGCGAGCGCUUCCAGACACCGCUCGUCGGCACCAUCAUUGCUGGACUCUUCACUGGUACGCUGGCGAUGAUAUUCGAGCUGGAGCAGCUGAUCCACAUGAUGUCUAUUGGCACACUACUUGCUUACUCUAUGGUCGCCUCCUGCGUCUUGUUGCUCAGAUACGAGAGAAGUCAGUCAGGUCAGAGAGGGGCGGAGGCGGUGGAGGUGGAGGUGAGCGUGCGGGGCGUGCUGCGGCAGCUGGUGAACGCGGAGCAGCACGCCGCGCCCACUGCACUCAGCACCGCACUCGUCUCUACACUGGUCGCAUUCUAUGGUGUGUGGUGCCUGGUGACGAUGUUGGUGGUGAACCGCGCCGGUGCGGGCGUGCUGGCGGGGGAGCUGGGUCCAGUGUGCGCGCUGGUUUGCGGCGCCGCGCUGCUGCUGGCCACACUCUACUGUAUCUCGCGACAACCUGUCUCGGAGAAGAAGCUGGCUUUCUCAGUGCCGCUGGUACCCUGGCUGCCGGGCAUCAGUAUCCUCAUCAAUGUCUACCUAAUGCUGAACCUGGACUAUGCCACCUGGAUACGCUUUGCUGUCUGGAUUACAGCUGGUUUGAUUAUCUACGUAACAUAUGGAGCAUGGCACAGUUCUGAACGUCGCAAGACAUUGGAUUCUGUGCAACUGGCAGACUUGCACAAUGACAGCAGGACUGAGCUGCUGCAGAGGGGCGGCUUGCACGCGCUCGGCUGACACGAGGUGAGAGACGGCGAGUGCGCACAACAUGGCGACUGUCGUAGUGCGUGCGAUGACGUCAUCAGUCCAAGCGAGACAAUGCUCUCCUUCGUAUCGAGCAUUUGAAGUAUGCAACUUCAAAUUCAACUUUUCAAAUUUGAAUUCUAAAUAUGAAAUAUACAAUUCGAAUUUAAAAAGUUGAAUUCUAAAUUUGA